GCGUGCAUGAACUGAGCUGUUAAUAACUCAAUAAUAUUCCAGGUUUCGGUCCCGGUUCCCAGCCUCGUGUGUCGGUCCAGACGGUCAGCAUGGCUUCGGAGGAGGACGCCGCUCUGCUGCUCUUGAUCUUCCAGCACCUGAAGGUGAACGGAUACCAGAAAGCUGCAAAGGUGCUGCAGAAACACGUCGCGCAGGUGGAGACACCGGAGGAGAGCUCCAGCCUCCAUGAUAUCUACACCAGCUGGAUUAAGCUUUGCUCUCUGGCUCAGCAGGCCAAGCAGGAGACGGAAGACCUCACUACUGUGAAGAAGAACAACAACAUCAAACCAGAACCUGCCACCAGCGAAGAAGAAGAAGGAGAAGGAGGCGCAGACACUAAACUCUCCAACGUCACAGAGGAAAAUAAUGUGGAUGCCAAACCUCUACCUGAGUCCGGGACAGAUGGUGUCGAGUCAUCCACUGCAGAGCUCCCCUGUGAGGAGGCAGACGCUGACACGGCCUCUGAGCCGCCGCUGCUGCAUCCUGCAGAGGAAACCACAACAACGAAGUCAGACAGUGAAGAAGAAGAAGAAGAAGAAGAACAGAAAGAGGACGAGGAAGCAACAGAGCAAGAGUCAGCUCCCGUCGAAGUGUCUGCUGAGGCCUCUAACGAGGCAGGAAGUUCCAGCUCCGACUCUGAGGAGGAGGUCGAGCCCGGACCAGCUGCCUCUGAUGAGGCUGAGGAUCAGCUCGUGGCCCCUGAUGCCUCCAGCGACAGCAACCAGGAGCGUAAAGAGGACGACGAUGAGCUGACGCAGGCGACGGAUGAAACGCCUGCAUGUGAACAGACAGCCGUCAAUCAAGAUGAGGUCUCAGAGGAGGAGGACGGCAGCGCUGCAGAAUCGGUGACCAAUGACCAGCCAGCAGAGAGCGAAGCCCCGCCCCCUGCAGAACCAGAUUCUGAAAAUCCAAAUAUGGAAGAGACGCCUGAGAACCUCAGCUCCCCGCUGAAGCCUGAAGACGAGACACAGACGGCAACAACCCCGGAGGACCCCGUCACCGACACUGAAAAGGCAACGGCGGCAAACGAGCAAGGAGACCCGGAUAUCUCCAUCAUCCUCAACAUCGAAGUCGAAGACAGCGACGCAACCAUGCAGGAAACCAGCAAACCUCUCCCCGAGGAGGCUCCAGAGUCCUGCAAAGAUGCUAAAACUCUCAAGAAGAAGAAGAGCAAAGAGGCACCGACUGCAGAUGCACCGAUCACCGACUCAUCCACCGUAGAUGCAUCCAGUGAUGCUCCUCUUUCCACCAAGAGUGCCAAAAAGAAGAAGAGAGACAAAAAGAGAGCCGAGGAGGCGGCAAAGAAAGAUCAGAAGAAAGAGGAGGAGGAGGAGGUGGUCGUCGUGUCUCAGGCCGCUUCACCAGAGAAGAAGAAGACUAAGAAAAGGAAAAAGGAGCAAGAUGAAGCGGAAGAGAACGAAGAGGGAACUCCCGUCACUCCUUCAGAAAAUAAAAUUAAAAAGAGUAAGGUGGAGGAGAAGGUGGAGAAUCUUGCAAGUCCAGCCCAGACAACGAAGGAUAAAAAGAAGAAGAAGAAGAAAAAGAAGACACCGGAGGAGAUGCAGUCUGGUAAAGGACCAGCAGGGGGAGACAAAGACUCAGAAAAGAAGGAAGCCACAGACGGAGACUCCUCUCUGCUCUCCUCGACCAAAAAGAGACACGGUGUCAGGAUAAAACUCAGCCGGAAGAAGAGACGUAGGAUGAUGAAACAACAACAAGAGGAGGAGAAGAGCAGCGUCGCUUCCGGAGCGACUGCAGAAAGCCCGAAGCUCAACGGCAGAAAGAAACAAAAGGGGAUCCAAGAGGCAGUGGAGGAGACGCCUCGACCAAAACCAGCCAAAAGACCUCAACCUGAUCCUCCUCAGGAGAACGACGACAACACACCAACGAAGAAGAAAAAGAUUAAAGUGAACCCGGACCAAGAAGAGAACUCCUCAAAGGAAAAUCAACCGCCAAAGAAGAAGAAGAGAUUAGUGACGGAGGAUGAAAGCGGUGCGGUGAGCUCCGAGCCUCCUGAAAUGGACUCGACUCCACUUUCAAAGGAAAGCAAGAAGAAGAAGAAGAAGAUGAUGAAGACUGAAGGUGAGGAGACAACGGAGAGCUCAACUCCCAUCGCUGUGAGCCACGACGGACCUGCAAAGAAAACGAAGAGGAACCGGUUAAAGGAGAAACUGGAAGAGACGGAACCGGCUGCAGACGAACAAACUCCUCCGGCUUCUUCUACGAAAAAGAAGUCCCCCAAAAAGAUCUCCCAACAGAUGAUCAUCUCUGAAUAAAUGUUGCCCCCAAAGCAACAAGACGAUCUGCUUCAUGUCUGUGCCUUCGCUCCUGUUUCUUUCUGUCUGAGAUGAAAGAACAUCUGCUCUCAGAAGAAGAGAUAUUUCUGAGGGAACAUCAGUGUUUUUAGUCUUGUGCUCUAAAACUGUGAAAACAGUACAACUAACAAACCUUCAGCUGAUUGAUGUUUUAUCUUUAAAGGCAGAGCUGCUCCGCUGUGAAAAAGAUAAUUGUUAUAAUUCAAAGUUACGUUUCAUAACAUGAGCUUCCUAGUAUCGCCCAACUGAUGCUGAAUGUUUGAGGUCAGUACUGAUUAAGUUAAAUAUGAUAUAAAGGACAAUUAUACAUUUUAAAUCC